GGGUCAGAUCGCUUACGUGACGAUCAGCGCUGCAGAGCCUGUAGCGAUGCACAGCCGUACGAGUUGUUUAAGAACAGCCGUGACCACACCCACUGCCUGAUACCCGUUCAGUCUAUCCUUGUCUUAUUCCCUUUCUUAUCAAACUACUAUGUCUUUUUUCAAGCGUAAAGAUAAACCCCUCAUUCCUCCCGUAGCUUCAGAGACAGCCCGCGACGAGCUAUUCGCUUCUCGUGGUAACAGUUCAUCGCCGCGCCCUCCUCCAUCAUAUCGUUCGAGUGCCACCACAUACGUUGCUAGCCGCGAUGGCGACCUCUACGGAGUUGAGAAACCUUCCACACCUUCGCCUUCCGCUUACAGUGAUCGAUACACAAGGAAGGAUGCUGUCGGUGAUGUCUACUCUCGAGGACAAGGCAACCUCGAUCAAGAUCGCAAUGAACUCUUCGGUGGCUACAAACCUCAAGCUGGCUCAGGUCGAUUCUUCGACAGUGCCCCAGGGCAGGGAGGGCCACCACCUGCUGGUGAGGAAACGGAGGAAGAUGUGGAAGGCAUCAAGCAACAGUUGAGGUUUACCAAACAGGAGAGUGUCAACUCGACUCGGAAUGCCCUUCGGCUGGCCCGCGAGGCAGAGGAGACUGCUCGUGGUACACUUGGACGAUUGGGAGACCAGUCUGAGAAAUUGGCUAAUACUGAACGUCAUUUGGACGUUUCCAAGGGCCACUCUCAACGAGCGGAGGACAAGGCCGAUGAGUUGAAACAACUCAAUAGGUCCAUCUUCCGGCCAGUCAUCACCUUCAACAAAGACGCCAAGCGCGCAGCUCAGGAGGCCAAGAUUCAGCAGCGCUAUGAAGACGAACGAGAGGAACGUGAGAAGGCAAUGUUGGAUAUCCGUGAGACGCAAGAGCGUGUUGGUCGUGCUGUGACAUACGGUCGUCGUGAUGACGAUGAGGGUAUUGGUGGUCGAUACAAGACGGAGGCACAGCUCAAUGCCAGGAAGGACCAACGAAAGCGCUUUCAGUUCGAUGCAACUGCCUCGGAUGAUGAACUCGAGGACGAACUCGAUGACAAUCUCGGCGAGAUCUCGGAUAUGACCAAGAGGUUGAAGGCAAUUGGAACGUCUAUGGGUCAGGAGCUCGACAAGCAGAAUGAGAGAAUCGGCAGAAUUACGGAGAAGACUGAUAGCUUGGACAAUAGAAUCUUCCGCAACACCAAGAAACUUGAACGAAUCAAGUAGCUUUCUUGCACCUACGUCAUCGGCUAUGUUAGACUCUUUUCUGGGAAAGAUUUUGGUUGUCACUUUGGACUGUCUCUCAUCUUAAUUAUGUAUACCCUCAUACAAGAGCAUAUAUAUUCAUCUUGCUAUUGCAGGGAAUAGAAUAAUUCGUAAAGCAGCUCACCCGAAGGUUGCACGAAGUAUGCUAUUUGGCCAUGUUUGCCAAGA